AAUGUUAAAACGAUAAGAAUAUAACGAAGAAUUUUAAAUAAAAUUAUGAGAUUGAGUUUUUGAUAUUCCCCUCUUGGCAAUUAUUAUCUGGGGGCUUUUAAAAUAACUGUUGUUCUGCCAGUGUUUUUAAUUCUUGUAAUCUCGUGUAGAUAAUCACACGUAUUCGGCGAUUAUGUUUUCAUUCCUAGCUUAAUACAACUCUGUAAGACAUAAUAUGUGACAUCUCACAUCGGUUUAUGUUUACAAAAUAAACUAUAAAGUUAACAUUAACAAUGUUUUGUACUUCCUACUUUGAACAAAAGUUAUUGCGUUGAAGGAAAUAGUUAUUGCAUUGUAGAGAAGAUACUCAAAACGGGGCGCACAAGACGAUUAUGGAAUCUUUUGAAAAUAUUGCUGUAACGAUGACACAUGAUGAACUUUUGGAAGAAACAAGAUCGUCCCUUUGUACGUUAAUGAGCUGCGACUCGUUAUUGAGCGAUCUACCAUUAGACGUUAUAACAGAAGAAAUAUUGCUAUUGACUGCAGCUGAACGUGGCCAAAGUAUAACUAUCUUCAUUUCCAGAGAGAAUGAACCAAAGCUUAAAGUUAUUGUUCCACAGGCAGCAAAGGUUGCUGAACUCAAGAAAUCUAUUGCAAGACAUUUUGAGAUAUUUCAACAAAGAACUGGAAGUAAAGUAAAAAUAUCUUGGAAGUACAUCUGGAAGACAUACAAUUUAGAUUUUGAUGGAAUUAUACUUGAUGACGAUAACAGUAGUAUAGAUAGCUAUGGAGUAUGCAAUAAGGUUACUUUAAAUUUUAAGAAAAAAAGGAAAAAGAAUAAAUCAAUAUAACAU